CUCAUUUUUUUAAUCUCGCUGAGUAUUUUCGAGACAUAGAGAGCACCGAAUCGUUUUGAUGAUCUUUUCGAUUAUCUCUACGUACGUACUUACGUAAAUAAGCUUUUAUUUGUAUGAUUACAUUACUUCAUAUGUGGUCAUGUAUAGACUUCUGAUUGACAAUUGGUUCCAACACUAAUCUUUGAAACAAGUAUAUGUGACUCACAUCGGGUUUAUCAAGUUUGAUGCCGAAAAAUUAGUCGUAGUUUAGCAGACACACGAAACACUAGCUGUAUCGCGUAAAAAUAAAGACGUCGAUUGUUAAUAAGCAAAGAGAAGUUAUUUUGUUGGGCUGCUAUCCUUAGCAGUAUCAGUGUUCAAAUAAAACUAUUACGAAAAUGGAUUUCGUCUCGUUGGGAUUAUGUACACUUUACUUUGUGGCAUUUUUGCUAAUUGUGUCGGUAGUGCAUAGACACUACCAGAUCCAUGAAAAACUUAAAAAUAUUCCGCAAGUUGGAAGAUAUCCGUUCGGAGCGAUGUUUGAGCUUUUAAAUCGGUCAAACUAUGAAAUGACGAAAAUUUUGAUGAAACAGUUUGAAGAAGCCAAACACCAAGGAAUAUAUAAGCAUUGGCUAAUUGGCCAAGCUUAUAUAAAUAUUUUUCAUCCAGAAUAUGUGAAGGUUAUUCUUGACAGCAAGAAUAUUACAAAAGGUUUCCAUUAUAAAUUAUUGGAAGCCUGGCUAGGAAAAGGCCUUAUCAUAUCCACAGGUGAACAAUGGUCCCACGACAGAAAACUCAUCGGGUCAUUAUUUUAUAAGCAGAUGUUAAAUCAAUAUGCUAUUAUACAAAGUGAAAAAGCUGAAAUCUUAAUAACGCGUCUCGAAAGGAAAAUAGAGGAAAAUCCAGGAGAAGCUAUUGAUAUUUGCCCCUUCAUGUUCAAUUGUACUCUUGAUAUUAUCUGCGAAACGGCAAUGGGUGUGGAUUUACGUGCUCAAGAACCAAAUAUAGUAACCGAAUAUACAACAGCAGUACAUCAAAUAUCCGAAUUAACAAUGACACGAUUUUUUCAACCGUGGUAUUGGAUUAACUGGUUGUUCUAUUUAUCACCUAAAGGAAAGCAGUAUAAAUCAAUACUUAAGACAUUGCAUGAAUUUACGAAACAGGUGAUAUAUAGGAAACAAGCAGAAAGGCAAUCUCAAAACAGCUAUACCAAAUUUGAAAAUGAUGACGAUGAAUUUAACAUAGGUAAGCAGAAAAGGAAAGCGUUCCUAGAUGUAUUAUUAGAUGAGAAUGCGAAAAACGACUCUCCCUUGACCGAUGAUGAGUUGAAAGCGCAAGUUGACACGUUUAUGUUUGCGGGACACGACACAAAUGCCCUUGCUCUAAUUUGGACACUGUUUCUCUUGGGCAAUAACCUUGAGCAUCAGGAAGAAGUUCACAAAGAACUGGAAACAGUUUUCGGAGAUUCAGUGACACCAGCUAGCCAAGAGCAAUUAUCACAAUUAGAAUAUCUAAAUAGAGUUAUAAAAGAAUCACACCGAAUACUACCAAGCGUCCCGGUAAUUACGAGAAAACUAGUAGAAGAUGUAAAAUUAGGAAAUAAUGUCAUUCCAAAAGGAAUGACUGUAGCAAUAACAAUAAUGUUCCUACAUCGGAAUCCGGAAAUCUGGCCGAAUCCGUUAAAGUUCGAUCCAGAUCGCUUCCUUCCGGAAAAUUCUUACAACAGGCCAAAAUGUGCUUUUAUUCCAUUCAGCAGUGGACAAAGAAGCUGCAUAGGCCAGCAAUUUGCAGCAAUAGAACAAAAAAUAAUAUUGACUGCUAUUCUCAGAAAAUGGAGGGUAAAAAGUGUAAAAACAAUAGACACAAUAAAGUACAGUGCCUCAGUUCUUUUGCGACCUGAAGAGAAGGUACUUAUACAUUUUACGCCUAAAAAAUAAAGUUU